AUGGGAGAAGACAACCAAAGCCAUGUGACUGAAUUUGUCUUCCUGGGCCUUUCACAGGAUCCACAAACACAAAUCCUGCUCUUCUUCCUUUUCCUGGUCAUCUACCUGCUGACUGUGCUGGGAAAACUGCUCAUCAUCGUGCUCAUUCAUGUGGACUCCAGACUCCAUACACCCAUGUACUUUUUCCUUAGAAACUUGUCCUUUGCUGAUUUCUGCUUUUCGACCACCACAGUCCCCCAGGUGCUGGUCCACUUCCUGGCAAAGAGGAAGACCAUUUCCUUUGUUGGAUGUGCAACACAGAUAGUGGUUUUACUUCUAACAGGAUGCACGGAGUGCGCCCUGCUGGCAGUGAUGUCCUAUGACCGCUAUGUGGCUGUCUGCAAGCCCCUGCACUACUCCACUAUCAUGACCCACUGGGUGUGUGUCCAGCUGGCCGUCGGGUCCUGGGUCAGUGGGGCACUUGUGUCUCUGGUGGACACCACGUUCACAUUAUGUCUCCCCUACCGAGGUAACAACAUCAUUAACCACUUUUUUUGUGAGCCUCCUGCCCUCCUAAAGCUGGCAUCUGCUGACACCUACAGCACAGAAAUGGCCAUCUUUGCCAUGGGGGUGGUCAUCCUCUUAGCGCCGGUCUCCCUGAUCUUGGUCUCCUACUGGAAUAUCAUCUCCACUGUGAUCCGGAUGCAGUCGGGGGAGGGCCGGCUCAAGGCUUUCUCUACCUGUGGCUCCCAUCUCAUUGUUGUCAUCCUCUUCUAUGGCUCAGCAAUAUUUGCCUACAUGAGGCCAAACACCAAGAUAAUGAAUGAAAAGGACAAAAUGAUCUCUGUGUUCUACUCAGCAGUGACACCCAUGCUAAAUCCCAUCAUUUACAGUCUCAGGAACAAGGAUGUUAAGGGGGCUCUCAGGAAAAUUUUAGCAAAAUAG